UAUGUCUAUCGUUAAAGUUAUUUAGGGAAUAAAAUUUUUCUACGAAAAUGUUUGAUUGAAACGAAAAUGUUUUUUUUUUUACUGAAUAAUAUCAUAUAAUAGAUUGAUUUAUGGUUUUGGAAAUAAGAUGAUACGAAAUGUGUAACUUUUCAGUGUGUGUCAGUGUCGUAAAAUGAAAGGAGGUUAAGUCGACAACACCAAGAAGCGUAGAAAAUUAAUUAAAUUUUUCAAACGUAUGUUUUAUAUAAAAAUAAAUUGUUAAAAGACUAUUUGGCAAAUUUUGACGAAAAAAUCGUGAACAAGGAAACAUGUUUAAAAAUACCUUUCAAAGUGGAUUUUUAUCAAUCUUGUACAGUAUCGGCAGUAAGCCGUUACAGAUUUGGGACAAAAAAGUACAAAACGGAUACAUAAAACGAAUUACAGAUAAUGACAUACAAAGUUUAGUAUUGGAAAUAUUGGGUAGCAAUGUCAGUACCUCGUAUAUUACAUGUCCUGCAGACCCUAGAAAAACGUUGGGCAUAAAAUUGCCAUUUUUGGUGAUGAUCAUUAAGAAUUUAAAAAAAUACUUUACAUUUGAAGUUCAGGUAAUCGAUGACAAGAAUGUACGCCGUAGAUUUCGAGCUAGUAAUUAUCAAUCUACAACUAGAGUGAAACCAUUUAUAUGUACAAUGCCAAUAAGAUUAGAUGACGGAUGGAAUCAAAUUCAAUUUAAUUUAGCUGAUUUUACUAGACGCGCAUAUGGAACAAAUUAUGUGGAAACAUUAAGGGUUCAAAUCCAUGCAAACUGUAGAAUACGAAGAGUAUACUUUUCUGAUAGAUUAUAUUCUGAAGACGAAUUACCUGCAGAAUUUAAGUUAUUCCUGCCAAUUCAGAAUAAGGCAAAAUGUUAAAUUAACAGUAAUGUAAUAACACUUUACACAAUUUUUAAAGAUGAAAUAA